AUGCCUGGCAUGUGUCUCUUCUCCUUCGCAGAGUGUGAAUGUGACUUGGACGGUGUUCUCCCUGAAAUAUGUGAUGCCCAUGGAAGGUGUCUCUGCCGCCCUGGGGUGGAGGGCCCUCGAUGUGAUACCUGUCGUUUAGGUUUCUACUCAUUCCCUGUAUGCCAAGAGUGUAAUUGUGACCCCCGAGGCUCCCUGGACAAUGCCUGCAGCCCUCAGGGCCAGUGUCGCUGUCACCCCCACUACGCCGGACGGAGCUGCAGCCAGUGUGCCCUGGGCUUCUAUGGCUAUCCCGACUGCCUUCGUUCCGGCAGUGACUGUGACGCCGCUGGCACCACUGAGUCCAGUUUGGGGUAUUGCCAAUGCAAGCUUCAUGUUGAAGGUCCUACUUGUAGCAUCUGCAAACCAUUAUAUUGGAAUCUGGCCAUAGAAAACCCCAGUGGAUGCUCAGAAUGCCAGUGCAACGUGGUGGGAGCAGUGAGUGGAAUUGGAGAAUGUGGGCAGGGAGAUGGUGACUGUCACUGUAAACCUCACGUCGCUGGUGAUUCCUGUGACACGUGCGAAGAUGGAUAUUUUGCUUUAGAAAACAGCAGUUACUUUGGGUGUCAAGGUUGUAAAUGUGACAUUGGUGGUGCCCUCACCCCCACGUGCAGCAGCCCCUCCGGAGCGUGCCAGUGCCGAGAGCAUGUUGUGGGGAAGGCGUGCCAGCGACCUGAAAACAACUACUAUUUCCCCGAUUUGCAUCAUAUGAAGUAUGAGAUAGAAGAUGGCACCACACCUAAUGGAAGAGACGUGCGCUUCGGAUUCAAUCCCCUGGAGUUUCCUGAGUUUAGCUGGAGAGGAUAUGCCCAGAUGACAUCGGCACAGAAUGAAGUAAGGAUAACGUUGAAUGUGGGGAAGUCAGAGCUCUCCUUAUUUCGUGUUAUUCUGAGAUAUGUUAACCCUGGAACUGACACAGUAUUUGGCCAUAUAACUAUUUAUCCAUCUUGGGCUAAGGCAGGUGGGUAAAUUU